GGGGCGGGGCUGCUGGAGGAGGAGGAGGAGGAGGAGGAGCAGGAGCUGGAGGCUUCUUUGCGGCUGUAGCUGCCACACUCCGAAAUGCCCAAGCCCGUGAGAUGAAACAGUUUAAGCGGAUACAACUCACAACUAUUGACUGCCAACACUUGGCACAAAGCAGGGAAGGCUCAUUUUCUCUGACCCAGCCCUUAAGUCGAAGGUGGACAAGUAGAGAUCUGAACUGGAGACCCUAUCCUAAACCAAAAAAAGCACGGAGAUUUCAGAGGCAAGUGACUGAUUUCUUCCCAGUUAGUCAACGAUCAUGCACCAGUGACAUGGCCCAAAGUGGCUCUACUGAUGAACAUACUACUGCUGCUGACAAAAUGGCCUUUGCUUGUGCUUUGCCUCAAGAACAUGAAAGGGAAUCUAAAGUAUCCUCUUUGGGAUCUGUUGUGACUUCUAGGAAGCGAUGUCUUUCUCUUGAACAGGAAGGAAACCAAGUCACAGGAAGAAGCCAGUGUGGUGGUGUUGCUAAGAAAAACCUCAAGGACCAAUCCACAGAUCUUGAGGAAAUGAAAUGGGAAAUGAAUUGUUUAUUCCAGCUUCCAAUGGACUCCGGACAAAUUAAGCAAGAAGAUGAGGAAAGUGGCCCUGAAUGUGACCCUUAUUAUGGGCUUCUUGGAAACUUGCCGAGUCAGGAGCCCCAGAGCCACAUUUGUAGUCUUCCCAGUGAAGUCCUAAGACACAUCUUUGGUUUCAUCCCUGUGGAAGAUCUUUAUAAGAGCCUAAGCCUGGUGUGCCACCUUUGGAGGGAGAUUAUCAAUGAUCCUUUGUUUAUUCCUUGGAAAAAGCUGUACCAUCGUUACCUGAUGAAUGAGGCACAAGCUGUCAGUGAAGUGGAGAAUAUCCUUUUGAACUAUGCCAUGUCAAAAGAGGAGAACCUGUGUAUGCUAAACCUGAUACGGUACACAGUGGGUACCAAAUAUGUUCAACAUGUCAAUCCUGAGGAGGCAAGGUAUUGCCUGAAGGAUCAUCCUCUCUUUCCUCAGGCAGAGGCAUGCCUUCGUCACAAGAUGCUUGAUUUGUACAGUGCUCCUGGGGGUAUCAGUGUGUGGGCCUUAAUAGCAACAAUCAUACUUCUCUCCAGCACCAUGAGUGACAUUCAGAGGCUGUUGUCCUGUUUCAAGAGACCCACUUCGCCAGUGACCAUAUUAGACAUCACUGAGACCCUGUACUGUAUGGCGGUACUGCUGCAUGCUAUGAGAGAGAAGGGGAUUAAGAUUAGCAACAGGAUUCAUUACAACAUCUCCUGUUGCCUAUACCUUCAGGAGAACUCAAGAUUUCAGGCCACAGGUGUCAAAGAGGAAGCCUCCACUUUUCAAGGGAAAAAAGUGACUAUUCAGCUAACACAUGAACAGCAAAAGAUCCUGAGCCAUGAGAUCAAACCUCUCCAGGUGGUGAAAAUUAUGGCUUUUGCAGGCACUGGAAAGACCUCAACCCUUGUCAAAUAUGCCGAGAAGUGGUCUGACAGAAAAUUUCUCUAUGUUGCAUUCAACAAGAGUGUUGCAAAGCAAGCUGAGCACAUGUUCCCAAGCAAUGUUACCUGCAAAACUUUUCACUCCAUGGCCUUCAGAGACAAAGGAAGGCUGUACCAGAUAGAGAAGAAACUGAAUCCUUUCAAGCUCACACCCUUCAUGGUCAACUCUGUCCUUUCAGAAGGGAAAGCAGGGUUCACAAGGGCCAAAUUAGUAUGCAAGACCUUAGAAAAUUACUUUGCUUCUGCUGAUGAAGAUUUGAACAUUGAACAUGUGCCCAUAUGGUGGAAGAACAGUCAGGGACAGAAGGUCAUGGUAGAUCACAGUGAAAAGCAGAAUGGUGCAUAUGAAGCAGCCAGACUUUGGGAGAACAUGAAAAAGUUAGAAGAAUGCAGAGAAGAGGCUUAUCAUAUGACUCAUGAUGGCUAUUUGAAGCUUUGGCAACUUAGCAAGCCUUCUUUUGGUGCUUAUGAUGCUGUCUUCGUGGAUGAGGCCCAGGACUGUACUCCAGCCAUCAUAGACAUAAUUCUAUCCCAGCCAUGUGGAAAAAUCUUUGUAGGGGACCCACACCAACAGAUCUACACCUUUCGGUAUGCUAUUAAUGCCCUUUUUGCAGUGCCACACACACAUCUCUUCUAUCUCACACAGAGUUUUAGGUUUGGUGCUGAAAUUGCUUAUGUGGGAGCCACUAUCUUGGAUGUUUGCAAGAAAGUCAGGAAGAAGACUUUGAUUGGGGGAAACCAAAAGAGUAGCAUUAGAGGCAGUUCAGAAGGACAAGUUGCCUUGUUGUGCCGAACCAAUGCGAGUGUAUUUGAUGAAGCAGUACGGGUGACAGAAGGGAAAGCUCCCUCAAGAAUAUAUUUGAUUGGGGGAACUAAAUCAUUUGGAUUGGACAGAUUCAUUGAUAUUUGGAUCCUUCUUCAGUCAGAUGAGGAGCAGAGAAAACAAAACCUUUCCAUCAAGGACAGAUUCAUUCGGAGAUGGGUACACAAAGAUGGCUAUGGAGGUUUAAAAAGGUAUGCUGUUGCUGCUGAAGACAAGGAACUGAUGGCAAAGAUUGCAGUGGUUGAAAAGUACAAUGUCCGGAUUCCAGAACUGGUGAAAAGGAUUGAGAAGUGCCAUGUAAAUGACGUAGCAUUUGCAGAAUAUGUUUUGGGCACCGUUCACAAAGCCAAAGGCUUGGAGUUUGACACAGUUCAGAUUUUGGAUGAUUUUGUAAAAGUUCCAUGUGGCAGGCAUAACCUUCCACAGAUUCCUCACUUCAGAAUUGAGUCAUUCCCUGAUGAGGAAUGGAAUUUGCUGUAUGUUGCAGUGACUCGUGCCAAGAAAUGCCUCAUCAUGACCAAGUCACUGGAAAACAUUUUAACUCUGGCUGGGGAGUACUACUUUCAACCAGAGCUAACCAGAGAUGUCUUAAAAAGUGGAGAGGUACUUUGCUGUGUAAGGCAGUGCAAUAACAUUAUUAAGGCAGAGACUAUCCUCACCAUGAAGAAAUUUCCCAUCACUUUUAGUAGCAAAAAGGAGGACAAAGGUGGAUUCUUCUGCCAUGCUUGUGCAGAGCAGCGUGUUGGGCCUCUGACAUUCCUGACAGCCUCACCAGAGCUGAUAUUCUCUAUGGAACAUACCUUUGAAGAACUGGAGCUACCUAGACAUGAAGCUCAGCUUUUCAUUGUCUUUUGAAAACCAAAGCAAAGCUUCUUGUCAGUAUGGAACUCUUUGUCAUUAAGUUUCCUGGAAAGAAGAAUGUGAGAGUUGGGGUGGGGAAGACCAGCCUCUCACCACACCUGGAGUUCUGUGAAUCCAUGGAAGAUCAACCUCAUUGGUUACUGGAGUCCUCAGCUCCUGAACUUGGAGUUUUCCAGUGUUGGACUGUUUCUGUUUUCAUACAUAGGCUCAGGGGUGUGUUUGAUUCUUUCCAACCAGUUCCAAGAUGUUUUCUGUCUGGUACCAUUUGCCUUCAUCCAGUGGCCAAAGCCCUUAUAAUAUUUUAAGAUUAAUUCAGGAUUUAUUCAUCCAUUUGUAGGACAGUUUCUUAAAACCUAUUCCUGUUGAUGAUUCUUGGAUUCAUUCAGAAGCAUUCCCACCUGAUACAGAUAUCACAUUUCUGAAUUCGUUUUGUUUACUCAUUAAAGCCUAAUAAUAGUCUGUUGAUUUUGAGGGGUAUAGGCCUUCUGUGAUUACAUUACUUCAGAUUAAAUUUGUAUCCCAGCCACCUGACAGAAGCAUAAUAGAAUCACAGGGCUGAGCCCCAAACUAGAACUUCUCGAGGCCCUUUAGUUUAUUUGGCACAUUUAACUUGUAGCCAUUUAGGGCAGCACACAAGAUGAACUCAAUAGUGAGGAAUGCUGCUGAAUGCAGACGAAAGCUACUGUCCUUGUCCAGCGCCCUGUGUGCCAAGUACCCCUUGUGUAGGUACCCCUCCCACCAUAUCAAGAUUAAGAAUGUCCUCACAGGCAUUGAUACCGACACUGGUUAAGGCUUUACCUGACCCAGCUGACAUGCAGCAGCAGCUUAUGCCAUCUUUAGACAAUUUUUUAAGAAUUAUAAUUAACUACCUUUGAUCAAAGUACUUCUGUCAUGACUUAGGAAAUUAGAUUGAGUCUGGUCCUGAGCAUAUGAUACUCCUUUCACCAUAGAAGUGCAUAGAGUGUGGGCUGGGUGUGCCAGCACACCCUGGUGGAGAAUUUUUAUUGCCCUUUCCCCUGCCCCUUAGUCAGAGGGCUCAGAAUGUCCUCUGGGAAAGAACACAGGGAAAUGCUCCACAGCACACAUUCUCUGUAUACUUAUGCUUAUCACCCAUAAGCAGCAGUCCUCUUAGAAAGGUGAGUUCUUAAAGUGGAAACUCCACCACCUUUUGGCCUUUACAUUUUUGAUGAGUUGGGGAAUCUUAGCUGAGGCAACCCAUCAGUAGUACCAUAGCCCUUCUGUGCCAUCAGCCCUGUCAUCCAAGUAUGAGAUCAGAGGAUCGACAGCAAAGAAUGGGGUGAAGAGGUUGGAAAUGAUUCAGCCUGAUAUAUUUACCUACUUCCUCAAGCCAAAAUUGAAAUCAGGAGCUUUAUGAGAUACACACUGACUCCAGGAAGUAAUGGAGCAAUAGUAACCUUCCCCAACUCCCACCUCCCCAGACUUUAUCAGGGAGAUCAAGAACCCUUGGCCUAGGCAAAUACUCUGUAUGGACCCAGAAUAGGAAGCAAAGGCUAAGUAUUACUUAUAGAUUAUGAUCACGUAGGUCUGAUUUAGCAGCUCAAAGGUUCAUCAUCUUAAGUCAUCUUCGUAAUUCUUCAAAAUCUAGUGAUUACUUCCAUUUGAAUAGAAGGGAUACUAAGUCACUACUUAACUAUUAUAUCUCAGACUCUGUUUUUUAAUGACUGACGGGACGUUUCAACCUGGGCAGGAUUUGCAAAGAACAAGAAUUUGGGUUUAUCGUCAGCCAGAGUGACCAGACUGGCCAAAGGGUUCAUAGCAUUUCUCUGUGCUUUUGUCACUUUUUUUAAAGCUUCAGCAGAGCUCUGAAAGUUAGUGGGAUUCAUCGCCCCUGUUUUAUCCCUCAUCUUCUUAAUAUUAAUAAAGGGUGCCCUUUCACUACCCCAGGGUUGGAUCCUGCCAAGAUUACAUGUAAUGGAAGUAAGAGUUCUUAUCUAGGGCUGUCUAGGAGUACAAAUUUCAUUGGAUUGAAUUAGGACACAGAGCAAGGCUUUUUUUUAAGAUACAGGACAAUGGAAGUAAAUUUUGUAACCCUACCGACUAAAAGCAAACAUGGUCAGAUUGAAUGUUAACUCCAAACAUCCAAAUUUCUAAGCCCUUGUCUAAUUGUCCACCUGUUCAAUUAGCAUAACCAACUAUUUUAACAUCUGUUAGAGCUCUCCGUAUGUCAAAAAACAGAGGACUUUUAUGAUCUGCCUUGAUAAUUCAAUAAUAAGCACCUACUUUGUGCAAA